AUGCUGAGGAUAACCUCCGAAGACUGUCUUAGUGAGAAUGAUAGAGAAAUGGGAACCCUCCACACCUUCAAAGGCGUUGUGGAAUAUUGGCAUUAUGGGAGCCAGAAGGUCGACGACAGAGGCUGGGGAUGUGGCUACCGCACGUUGCAAACGAUUAUCUCAUGGUUCAAAUUGAAUCUCUCUCUCCAGUCCACAUUCCCUGACAUAGAUGAUAUCCAGUUAACCCUAAUUGAUGCAGGCGACAAGCCCCGUUCCUUCUACAAAUCCCACGAAUGGAUAGGUUCCGUCGAAGCGGGAAUCGUUUUACAGAAUCUGACAAAUACCGAUUACAAAAUUGUUCAAGUACCAAACGGCAAAUUCGAUAAGGAAUGCACGAUGAAAAUACGCGACCACUUCCAAAAUAUCGGAGCCCCAAUAAUGAUGGGUGAGCCACUCUCCGAAUGUGACAAUUCUAUAGGUGGUAUGAAGGAUUGCUCCUCCAAAUGCAUUCUUGCUAUUAGAGAAAAAGAGAACUGCGAGUCUCCAUCGCUACUGAUUCUAGACCCACAUUACUACGCCACUGAGGAAGAACCUGACUUGCCGUACUUGUGGAAGGAAGGAUGGCUGAAGUGGUGGAAUACAGAAGAAUUAAGUGAAACGGAUUUUUACAAUAUGUGCAUGCCGAUGGCAGCAUACAAGUAG